CUGUGGACGGGAGUUUUUCUGAGACAAAACAUCCAGCUGAGAAAGUAUUGAAGUUUUUAACUUUAAUGCGUGUUUGUGAUUUUAACGUAUGUUAUGGGUUUGUUAGGAUACGUUUCUCCAGUGAGUAUUGCCGUGGCGUAAAAUUAUAGCCGUGCGUAAAAGUUAGUUUUUCCUUUGGAGACCAUGCGCAGCUUCUCUGAGCCGUGCCUCCCAGGCGCGUUGUCACAAGGUUUUCCAACAAGAGCCGGAGAUGCGCCCCUUCGAGGGACUGUCCUGAGCGGACCCCCGCUGAUCUCAGCCAUGGCUUUAUCCCCCCGAGGGUCUGCAGAGCCCCGCUUGGAUCCGAUGAUUCACACGUCUCCGCCUGGCCAGUCUGCGAUUUUUUGUCGGCCCCCAGAAAUUCUGGAGGGAGGGGAGAUGCAAGACGAUCAGCCCAAAGUUUAUUUGGAGGCCGGCGACCUUUGGAGACAAUUCCACAAACGCGGCACUGAAAUGAUCAUUACAAAAUCCGGGAGGCGCAUGUUCCCGCCGCUCAGGACCAGGUGCAUCGGGAUGGACAGAAAGGCCAAAUACAUUCUGCUGAUGGACAUCGUGGCAGCCGAUGACUGCAGGUACAAGUUUCAUAACUCCCGCUGGAUGGUGGCAGGGAAGGCGGACCCGGAGAUGCCCAAACGCAUGUACAUCCACCCGGACAGCCCGGCCACGGGGGAGCAGUGGAUGUCCAAAAUUGUCAACUUCCACAAACUGAAACUGACCAACAACAUAUCUGACAAACACGGAUUUGUAAGUUUGGAUUUCAUUUAUCAUUUUUUUAUAGUUCUGUGA